CUGUGCUAGACGUGAAAGGCUUAAAAGCAUAUUUGGUUGAAAACGGAUUCCCUUUGGUGGUUAUGUUAGUGGAAGAUGGAACAAAAAUCCAACAACAUGCUCAACACGACAGUAGAUCUGACUGUUUAACGGGAUGCGUACCUCCGUUUGACGAAGCUGGUAUGCCUCGUGUCGAUUACUUCAAGGCGACUUCGGCAUACGCCGUCAAAAAGCACCUGGAAUCGAGUAGAUUGGCCGACACGGCGUACGUCCAGCUGGCCGUACCUUUGGCGCCGGAGGCUGCGCCGUACGUUUUAUUUUACGUAGGUACGGAUAAUAAGUUUUCGCACGACGACGUAAGAAGACGAUGGAAAACGACGAAGAGGCUGCUCAAGAAUGAAGGAAUAAAGGUGAUCGGAUUCGCCUCCGACGGUGAUCCAAAGCUUCUGAAAGCGAUGCUGAACGAAACGUCAUUUUUGUCGCGGCUACAGCGGUCCAAAUGGGGGCCAUUCUUCAUCGUUAACAACAUCCCGCUGGAGCAUGUGUACAUCCAAGACAUUAUCCAUCUGCUGAAUAAAAUACGGAAUAAGCUCCUCAAUUCCAAAGAGCUGAAAUUCGGUAUAUUGACUAUCAAAAAGGACCACUUACAACUACUUAUCAACACAAUAUCAAAAGACAAACAUGGAUUAAACGACACCGAUGCAUCCACUAAGGAUAGGAUGAAAUUCGAUCCAACGUGGAGAAUAAUGCAAAAGGAUGUCCGGGACUGUCUCGAAGAGUUUGUCCCUGGCAGUGAGGGCACGGUUAUGCUUCUACAGCUGAUGAGUCAAAUUUAUGAAGCAUAUUGCGAAAUCAACCUUGUGCCACUUGAACGGAUAUUUAAAAUCUGGCAUGCUUUAUUUCUCAUUCGUUGUUGGCGUCAUAAAUGCAUCGAGUCAAAAUCUGUCGGGAAGGAAUGCAUCACAUCUAACGCUUAUCAGUGUCUUGAACUCGAUGCACAUGGGCUGGUGCUGCUGGCUGAAAUGUGCCGCGAUUGUCCUGAACAAUUUCUGGUAUUAUGCUUUUCGAGUCAACCGGCGGAGGAAGUUUUUCGCGAGUUACGGUCCAUGACGGCAACCAAUGAGACCGCAUGUGAAUUUAGUAUGAAGGAGCUGGGAGAACGUUUGAGAAACGCAUUUAUGAAGUCUCAAAUAUCGUAUCGAAGAAAGAACGACCUUAAGUUCAACAACAUCAUUCGGAAGCAGAACAAAUACCCCAACCCGCCACAUCCGAUGCCGACCGACGAUGAAGUAAGGGUAACGAUUGAGAAAGCAAGAGUACAAGCUGCCCAUGACCUGCUCAACUUAGGAAUAACGACCGAAGCUCAUCACUUCAUGGACUCAAUGAAUGUCCAUGACACCAGCUUUGAGUUCGUAACUACUGGAAUAUCAUCUGAUGUCGAUUCUGAUUCGGACUCAGACUUGGAGCAACCGUCUCACAACAUAGAAUUUGUAUCGACAGAUGACGCCCUUGGGGAAGAUGAUGAAAGUGGCACCGAGUCAAAUGAGGAUGAACACUCUUCGGUUGAAGACGAGAUUUACGACGCUGAACAACUUUUCGCAAAUUUCAAAGGGGAGCUCAAGUUGCGAAAUAGCAGUACUACAAAACACACAUACCGUAUCAGAGACUCAACUGGGAAAAUUCACAUCAUAAAAAAGAGCAAAGUUGUAUGGAUGCUCUCACGCGGUCGUUCGCGACCCAACUCGGCUAGACUAACCAGAUAUCGUAAACAAAAACCUUAAAAUCAACCGAUUAACUUUAUACUCGUUCCACAUCACUCGAAAUAUUUCAUGGAAUCAAUAUGAUUGAAUAAACGCAAAAAACAAACAUUUCAUAAAUUGUUCUUUAUUUUCCAUUUUAUAAGUAAAUCUUGGGCGAAUCGGGACACAUAGGGCGAAUUGGGACUGCUAUUUUAGUCAUUUUGAUAAUAUGUUUUAAAAUGAUCGAUUGGUUUUCGCUAGAACAGACACAUAAUCACUUGCAAAGUGGGGGUUGUAAUAUAGAAGGCUUUAAAUAACACAACGUCGUUUAUGGACACUCCCUAAAUCUAAAACAAAUCAAAUAUGGUGGGACAGCGUGCAUAUCUUGCCUAACAUGGUGCGUGCUAGUUCACAUAAAAUCAAAACAACCUAGUUCGAUACACUCAACCCCCGGUGGUUGGUCACUUUUUCGUUUGACACUUUUUUAGUUUGUACCCCGUUGGUUGGUCAAAGUCAAACUAAAAAGUGACGAACUGUCACUUUUUACACGGCGCUCACACACACUAUCUAAACAAACGUUCAGUAGUGUGUGUGAACUCCGUGUAAAAGGGGUGUCAAACUAAAAAGUGACCCCGUUCGUUUGACAACAGUUGGUGUCAAACCAUCGGGGUUUGAGUGUAUUUAAAUUUGAAACUCUUAAAUGAUCUAAAAAGUGUUGUCCCUGUUGAGAAUGAAGUCUACAUUUUCCCCAGACGACGGUUCCUAUUCAGUGAUGGAGUAGUGUCGUGACCCAUGAGCUGGUUCUCACAGUGAUGUUCUCCUGGAGAUUCGAUAAGUGUAACUCGCACUCGAGGCGUUUACAAUUUUCGUCCAAUGGCCCGUAACUAUUCAACCUUGAAUGAAUGGACAUGGUCUUCUGAAUCCUGCUACUUAAUCUGGAACUUAACACCGGUCGUGGUUCUUUUUUGAGAUUUUGUUUAUCUGGACACCAGACCCAAAUCAAAUUGGAUAGGAGUUAAAAUGUUUUGGAAAUAGAAAAGAGGUAAUCUUCAAAACAAUACCAUGAAAAUAAUUUGUCAUAAGCGUAGACUUGGCCCCGCCUAGUGAGUAACACUGGGUACACCAACUUGCCAUCGGGCAUCGCUAUCACAAAGGUUGAGGUACAAGUAAUGGCGUUCUGCUUCUCAUUGGUUUUCUACUCGGUCGUAACACGGAUGUCCGCUCCGGAUGUGAGUAAUUCUGAUGAAGCCAUACCCGAUUGUGUUGCCAAUGAAGAUCGGCCGGUAACUGCAACGAGCGCAAGAAGAAAAAGUUCAAACAUUCGCGCGGGGACCAUCGCCGGCACUCAGAAACAUCCAGCGGUCUUCGGGACCAUCACAACUCGUUGAGUUCGUCCUCGCAGUGGUCAUCGGGAGUAGUGGUGGGAGUAGCAGCAGGUACGGAAAGGGUGGACGGCAAAGGACAACGUGCAAUUAGCGCUUAAUUUCGAACCAUGAGCUUGCUUGAAUGUGCCCAAGAGCACCGAUGCCACCGGAUGCUUGAAUUUGUCCAUUUUGGCUUGACUCACUUCUUGUUUAGUUUGCUGCUACUUCGAUGUUGCUACAUCCUUGUCCAAUCGAUCGCGCCUAACUGCCCCUGUUCUAGCACCGGCCGCCACCUUAAACCUCCCGGAACUUAUCAUUGAACUCGUUAAGCAAGCCGCCAAAUGUGAUGCGCCUUCCAGCAGAUGCAAGUUGAUACCGCAAUAGUCUUCUCGGGACACAGCUUGGCGCAGAUUUCCUGAGCUAGGCUGGCCAUAACUUUGAAUUUGUUUUCCAAUCCGAGUUCGCCUCAGCCUGCUGCAGCUUGGAUAUUAUUUCUGUCGUGCUCUUUGUUUUCGUUCAACUUGUUUGUAAACAAGGGCAGUCUGCUAUGACAACUGAGAAAAACACUGAAACAAAAAUCAUGUAGGAAUCGUACAUGCGCGUAAAUAUGGAUGCACAUACGGAUGAACGUAUGCUAUAAAUGAAAUAUAUUUCAAGUGACCACCUCGUGGUUUUGACACAUUAUAAAUAAUUAUAACGAUCAAGAGAGGGCGCGCGAGCGCGCUUCUUCUGCGCGAUCGUUUCACCCCUUGUUUUGAGCAUAUAUUCUUUGAUCUUUAGCAUUCCUUGUUUCAUCUUCUUUUCUCUCUCUUCUUUUCAUUUUUAUUAUCAA